GUUGUCGUCGCUCAUACGCAACGUUGGUCGUGCGGCACAGAAGUCUGAAGCACACACUGAGCUGCUGACUGAAAUUUUUAGCACAGUUUGUUGUUGUUAAGCUAAACGCGUGCGUUACGUUUAUGUGUGUGCCAGUGUGUGUUCGUGUGUGUGUGUGCUAGUGAUUUGAAAAAUUAUCAACUGCAUAGAAUAGAAAAUUUUUGAAAAGUAUAAAAAAAAAAAUUAUGCACAGCCAGCGCGUAAUUUGCCAAUUGAGCGUAUUUUUAAACGCAUUUUUCUAAUUUAUAAAAAGCGCGCUGCAAAAAUUGUGUUAAUUCAAAAUAACGCUGAGGCCAAAAUAACAAACACAUAUCGCUUUGGCAUUUGGCAUAAAGUAACUGAGAAAACAAAGUGAGCAUUAAACUAAAAAUAAAAUGUCAGCAGCGCUAGUACAAAAAUCAAACAGAGAAACGAGAACGAAACUGAAAGGCAACUUACAACAGCAAACUGAGACGACAGAAGAAGAGGGCGUGGCACAAUUGGCGAGCAUAUCGCUGCUGCUGCAAUACGAUAUUGAGGCACUAAUGGAGAGCAGCAGCAACAACAACGACGACGACAGCCAAGUCAAGGAUAUGGACAACAAUUUGGCGCAGAAUGUGGAGCUCGAAGUGGAGCGAAUAGUGGCAGGCAAGACGUGUGCGCUGCCGCAAUCCUUUAUGCCGCCCACGCCGCCAGCCACGCCCAAUUUGCAGAACACAGCGCAGAAACGUUGGCGCAUACUGGCCAAAGUGCUGCGCAAGGAUUCCGAGGAGACAGUGAGCAGCUCCAGCGAUGAGUUCAGCGAUGAGCAAACUGCGUCCGUGCGUCGCUUCAAAAGUUUCGAUCUGCUGCGCCAGGACAGCUUCGAGGAUCAUGUGAGCUUGAAGUGCUUGGGCAAGACGGAGAACUGGUACAAGUAUCGCAUGCAGCUGGAGCAGGAGUAUUCGGUGAAUAUACAUCACAUGGAGCGCCAGCUAACUGCCAACGAUCUCAUGGGCUUCAACAAUACGGGCAACAUAUGCGUCUGGCCAUCGGAGGAGGCGCUCACAGCGCUCGUGCUGUCCGAUCUGAGCAGCUAUCGCGGCAAAUGGAUACUGGAGCUGGGUGGUGGCUUCACCUGCCUGGCGGGACUUAUGCUGGCCAAGUAUGCCAAACCGUAUGCUGUGCAUCUAACCGAUGGCAAUGAGAUUAGCGUGGAGAAUGUGCGCAAGACCGUUUGCCUCAACGAGCUGAGCUGCUACACCAAAUGCUCCGUGCUCAAGUGGCAAGAGGCAGCCGCUCGCCAGCCCACAGAGCAGGCCAAGUUUGAGUUCAUACUCUGCGCCGACUGCUUGUUCUUUGAUGAGGCGCGCUCCGCUUUGGUGGAUACCAUUUGGUAUUAUUUGGCGCCCAAGGGUGUGGCGCUCAUUAUGGCGCCAAGACGUGGUCGCACUUUGAAUGUAUUUCGCGAUGAGUGUGUGGCACGUGGAUUUUGCGUGGAGCUUGCCACGCGCUAUAAUGAAACCAUUUGGCAGCGUCAUCUGCAGCUGAAGGCCGACUCGGCGCUCUAUGAUGAGGAUCUGCAUUAUCCGCUGCUGCUGCAGCUGUGCAAAACGCAUAGCUAGAGUUGAAGCUCGGUUGGGGGGGUGGGGUACACGGGUUUACCAGGCAGUAGUUUCAAUUAACAUUUAGUCGAAUGUUUAUUUCUUAGUUCGUAGCAAGCAAAUUCCAAUUUACACCUAAACGAAACACACACAACAACAACAAAUUCCUCCCUUAAAUUUAGCUGCGCAUAAAUUUGUUUAACAACAAAAUGUA